UAAAAAACAGUGUUGAAUUUGUUGAUGGUUGAAGGCAGAAAUCAGGAUGAACAGAAAAGGAAAAUAAUUUCAUUAGACAUGCCAAAAACACUAGUAUUUCAACAAUUUCUACUCACCUUGCAGUUAUCCCUUUAUGUUAUUGUUAUAAAUUGCGGUGGUAAUAACCUCCACCUUAUAGGAACUUCUACUGCAGAAGUUAUAAAUGGGGAUGUAUUCUUUGAGAUAGUGGAUCCAGCAGAGUUGGAGUAUACUUAUAGAAUUCGCCCUGCAAAAGACUUUGGGGCCCCAUUUAAUACAUCUUUUCACAUUAAAAAUGUUCCUCUGGUUCCCAUUUUACCACUAUAUGGAUGUAAACCACCUGACAACUUUGAUGAUAUAGAGGGCAAUGUUGCUCUAAUAGAGAGGGGUCAUUGUUCCUUCAAGACAAAGGCCCUUAUUGCUGAGAGAGCUGGAGCUAGAGCAGUUAUAAUUAGUGAUAUUGACUUAUCAAAUGAAGAAUAUUUCAUAGAGAUGAUUGAUGACAAUUCUGUGGAAGAAGUGAAUAUUCCUGCUGGAUAUCUGAUGGGUAAAAAUGGGUUGAUGAUUUUGAAUACCCUGCAAAGACUAAAGAAAACAUAUGCCAUUAUAAAUUUGCCAGUUAAUUUAACUUUUACACCAGUACACAAAAUGAAUCAACCACCUUGGUUGGGGUGGUGAUUCAUAUAAUAACUUGUUCACUUAUUCUAUUAGCAAUAACAUUUUGAUGCAUUGGGAUUGAAAGAAAACAAAUUACUAUAUUGAAUUCUUGCUCAUGAGGUAUUGCAAUGCAAGCAUUUCCCACUUAUAGUUGCACAAUUUACUUUACAAUUGUUUAUAGAUAUUUGAUUUUGUUGUUAAUGUUUAAUUUAUUUAAAAACUCUUGUUGAAACAAAUAAGUAUAGUGGCAGUUUCCCAUACAUGAAAUUUGAAGCAUUUAAAAUGAUAAACAUAAAAUAUUUAUUACAUCAUGAUUGUAUGCUAGGCAUAGAAGAUUUGGGUAUUAUGAAAAUAAAUAAGAUAAAUUGUUAA